CCACAAGUCUUAUCCCUUGAUCCACCACAUCUAUCUGGCUUUGUGGAAGGCUGAAGAUGGCAAGCCUUCAGUUAACAAGAACACCCUUGAGUCUUUUCAGACAAGAAAGGCAGCAGCACCCCAGAAAGAAGAACUCCACUGCUUUUGAGCUGAAGGCUCCUCGGCCACGUCUCACACUCAGUGUGAGGUCCUAUAAAGUGGUGAUUGAGCACGAUGGAGAGUCCACUGAGGUGGAAGUUGAACCUGACGAGACCAUUCUGUCAAAGGCAUUGGACUCUGGCUUGUCUGUGCCUCAUGAUUGCAAGCUUGGAGUCUGCAUGACAUGCCCUGCUCGUCUCAUUAGUGGAUCUGUUGAUCAGAGUGAUGGAAUGCUCAGUGAUGAUGUGGUGGAGCGUGGCUAUGCACUCUUGUGUGCAGCCUACCCUCAAUCCGAUUGUCAUAUUAAGAUUAUCCCCGAGGAGGAGCUUUUGUCAUUGCAGUUAGCCACAGCCAAUGACUGACUACUAGUCUGUUUUUGAGUUUUGAAUCUAGUCUAGUUAAUUCCUUGCUGCUGCUGGCUUUGGUUAACAGCGUUGAGUCUUUGCUUGUUUCUAUUAUUUUUUGCUGAUGUCGCUCUGGUUUUAUAUAUACUUCUGUUAUAUUAUGUAGCAUUUUAUCGAUGCAUGAAAUACAACAUUUGACUCAAAUUACUGCUGAUAAA